AUGCGAGGAACAUUAGUAUUCUCGGGCACGUCGUGCCCAGCUCUCACCGGCAAAAUAUGUGAGAACCUGGGCAUGGCUCCGGCUGAGGCCGACCUAUCUCAAUUUUCAAAUGGCGAAACAAGCGUCCGAAUUCUGACCAGUGUCCGAGACAAGGAUGUCUUCGUUGUGCAAUCCGGAAGCCCUACAAUUAAUGACACUAUCAUGGAAUUACUCAUCAUGAUCUCCGCCUGUAAGGGUGGCUCUGCGAACAAGAUCACUGCUGUUCUCCCGUACUUCCCGUACAGUCGCCAGUCCAAGAAGAAAUCACACCGGGGAGCUAUCACCGCUCGUAUGCUAGCAAAUUUGCUUCACGUAGCUGGUGUCAAGCAUGUUAUCACCGUCGAUCUACACGCCUCUCAGAUGCAAGGAUUCUUCAAGUGUCCUGUUGACAACCUACAUGCCGAGCCCCUUAUUGCACGCUGGAUUCGAUUGAAUAUUCCUAAUUGGAAGGAAGCUGUCGUCGUAUCCAAGAAUGCUGGUGGCACGAAGAGGGUAACCUCGUUAGCCGAUGCGUUGAAACUCAACUUCGGAUUAGUUACUACGGACCGCAAACGCGCCCCUAAUAUGUCCGCAAGUAUGAUUAUGAACCGGCUUGAUGGAUGGGACAACCCCCCUGGCUAUAUCAAUGGCGUCCAGCGUUCAAGAGCUAUUUCGGAAGAUAGGGACUCAGAUGGUAACGGCUCAGCAAGGUCAUCGCGAGUUACUGGCGAAUCUCAAGGUUCUCCUAAACGUGUAACUGCGCCUCCGCUGCGGACUAAUAGUUUAACGCGGUCGCCUUAUACACGUGCAUACACGCCUUCUCAAACGUCUCCUAUUGAGGAGUUGAAAGAUGAAGAGGAGAACGUGGAUGAGGUCCAGGUCUAUAACGACCAACGUGCCCCAGAAGUGACUCAUGGAAGAUUAGUCCAGGGUCAUGUUGUACCAGACGAUUUUGAAUCGUCCCCUCAGUCAGAUGGCAGUGCAGAUGGGAGCCAAUCUUAUCAAGGCGGCGAUGAUGACCCUAUGACUAUGUCUCAUGCUUCUUCUUUCUUUGCGCCUGAACCGCAUGCACUCGGCGGCUCGGGUGACGUUGGAGCAUCAUCUGACGAGGAGGAAGAGAAACUCCGAGAUCCCAAGAUCGAGCAUAUGAUCACACUGGUCGGCAACGUUAAGGACCGCCCAGUCCUGAUUGUGGAUGACAUGAUUGACAAAGCCGGUUCGUGGAUUGCUGCGGCUGAGACAGUUGUUAAGCGGGGCAAAGCAAAGAAGGUAUAUUGCAUGGCUACUCAUGGAGUAUUUGGAGCAGACUGUCUCGAGCAGCUGCAAGCUUGCGACUGUAUCGAUCAAAUCAUCGUAACUAACAGUUUUCCAAUAUCGGACCGGAGAGCUAAAAACUCAAGUAAGUUGGUCAUUCUUGACCUUUCCUUUCUGUUGUCCGAAGCUAUUCGAAGAAAUCACUACGGCGAAUCUAUCUCGCCUCUGUUCCAGCAUAUGGCCGAUUAG